UUGAUUGCACACCAAAAUUAAAAGGCACUUAUGAGAAUAUGUCUUACUAAACUAAAUAUGUACAAAAAUAGAAUUUAAAAAAAAAAUCAUAUACUAGUAUUUGUUAUUAAUAGACUUUCUAUCAUAGUCAUUCAUACAUUUCUCUAUCAAAAACUCUUCUUCUUCUACUCAUUCUCAAAGAAAAAUCAUUAAACAUUUCACCAAUGACAAAAAAUAUUUUGAACCCAAUCUUGAUUGUUCUUAGUAAGCAAAUGUCACCCUUUAAUUUAGUAUGAGUAUUAUUAAAUUUAGUUAUUGUGGUUUACUGUCAAAGGCAGGUCUAAUGUUUAAAGUUUAUGGGUUCUUAUAUUGAUAGAUCUCAUUUUAAAUAUUGUUUUAUAUAUUAGUAUUAAUUAAAAUAGUAGUUCACUUUCCUUUAUGUAUGUAUAAGGAGUUUCUUUUUCAAUUGAUUUAUUAUUUUGAUGGUGAGAUUUUCGAGUUUAUAUUUGAAGAAGUACGAAAAAAAAUACUAUAUGUUAUGUUUGUGGGUAUGAUUGCGAAGGAGAGGGAGCUUACAUAAACACGAUUUUAUAGGUGCAUUACUAUCAUCUUUCAUUGAGAGAUAAAUAAGAGUUGAUUACUGAUCGUGAUUUUCUUCUCCUAGAGGGUUUUCCAUAUAAAAUUAUGUGAUUUUUCUUUUGGUUAUUUACUAUUUCAAUCUUUCGUUGUCCCAUAAAAAAUUAUGUGAUUUUUCAUGUUCAUAUAGUGAAAUGAAUUGUUGAGGCUUCAUAAAUUUGGUUGCUUGCUUGGGAUAGAACUAUUACUUGGUAAACGAUUAAACUCUUGAAGUUUUUUUGUGAUGGUAACAGAUGAGCUUUUGUGAUUCAAGAAAAAAUUAUGCAGUCUUGUACUUGUGCAUCAUAGGAAGUAUGUCUAGCAUAAACAAUUACUCUUAUUUCAAACAUAUACUACAAUUCUUUAACUAUAUGAUUAUGCUUUAAAAGAAGGAAAGGAAGAUUACAUAGCCACUUGUAAUGUUGACAAAUAAAAGUUUUAUUCAUAUUAUAUCAUGUUGUUGAGAAGAAAUAUGUUAAAAAGAUCGAAAUGGAAGCCUUUGUUAUACAUUAAGGAUCAUUUCAAUGAAAUAUAAAUAUAUAUAUAGGGAAGAAAAGAGAGAGAGAGGAAAGAGGAAAGAGGAAAGCGAGAUAGGAAGGAGGCGAGAGUGAGAUAAGAAGGAGGCAAACGAUAGAGGAGGGAGACAAGCGAGAGAAAGUCAAUGUAUCUUGGAUCCACGUGAAUCAUAUUAUGUACAUGCAUUUAAGAUACCAAAUAUCUUCUGAAAUAUAAAUACACAGGGAGAGAGGAAAGCAAGAGUCAAUGUAUCCCAAACAAAUGUGAAGUCAGUGUAUCGAUCACAAAUAAAUGUAAAUUCACUAGGAUACAGCGAUACAGUGUAUUUACAACAAAUUACACUUAAUUUCGACUGUAUGUAUUCAAAACACGUAUAUCUAAACGUGUUAAUCUGCCUGUAUCUAAAAAAUCAAAAUCUAACACGAAUAAUGAUCUCAAAAACUUAUAAACUAGUGAGAUUUGUGUCGUUAUUGAUUAUUAAAAAGUGGUCCUUUUGACUUUCUACUCCAAAUAAGAAUGAGAAACCAUCCAUCCCAAUACACUCUUGAAUGUGAACCAACUUGCAUGGCUUUGGAUUAACCAUUUUAUACUCUUGAAUGUGAACCAACUCUCUUGGCUUUAGAUUGAGUUGACCAUUUUAGACUAAAGACCAAAACCCAAGUUGAAAUUAAAAGGAAUGUCAUGUCAAAAAUAUCAAAUUUAGAGUAAAGCCAUCUAUUCUUCCUAGCUGGCUAUUUAAUGACUUUUUUUUCCUUUUCAAACCAUACACUAUUUAAUGCAAAACAUCUCACCCACCCACCCACCCACCUAUCUAAACCAUAUUUUCCCUUUAAUCUAAUGGAGCUUCUCUUAGUAUUCUCCCAAUGUCCACCAGUCCCUCCGCCGCCCACGGCGGCCCACCACCACCUCUAACCACCACCAAUACGCUCAUCGAGAGCCUCAAUAAAAUAGGCCUCGGCUACGCAAUUGCAAUUGCCCUUGCCUUCCUCUUCCUCCUAUCAACUCUCAUCCUUUCAUCUUACCUAUGCUGCCGCUCCGCUGCCUAUCGCCGCCGUCAAGCCCAAUCCCGGACUCGAAACCCGAACACCGGAAUUUACAUUCCGAGUGUAAUUUUCGUUGCUGAGGAAGACGAAAACGACGACGUUUCAUCUCAAAAUACUUACGCGGGCCUUAAUCAAGCAGUAAUCAACUCUUACCCUAAAUUAAUUUACUCAAAUAGAAACGGAAAUUGGGGAAACGGAAACGGAAACGGAAGCAGAAACGACGUCGUGUGUGCGAUUUGUUUGUGCGAUUACAAGGAAGCGGAGAUGUUACGGAUGUUACCUGAGUGUAAGCAUUAUUUUCAUGUGAUGUGUAUAGAUGCGUGGCUGAAAUUGAAUGCUUCAUGUCCAGUCUGCCGGAACUCUCCAUUGCCGACGCCGAUGUCCACGCCGUUGUCGGAGGUGGUCCCACUUUCACAAUAUUCCGAUGGUCGGAGAAGACAUUGAUGACUGAAAAUAGAUGAGGAAGCGCUUGGAAUUUUCUUUUAUAUAAUUUGAAAUUGGAGUUUCUGUUGAGUAUUAGUCAUUCUCUGAUUUUAGAUUUCAAAGAAAGAAUAUAUUUCUAGAUCUAAUAAUAUUUUAAUUUUAAAAUA